UACAACACACUGAUCGGAUUGUUUUGUUUUGUCGGCCGAUUUUAGCCGAAUAUAACUACGUAUAUAUCUUUAUCUUCUGGUCCAAGUACACACCAUGGCCUUCCUCUACAUACUGGGCUGGAUAUCCCUGGGCAUACAGAUCGUAUUCCUGACGUUAUCCAUAGUGGCUGGACUCUAUUAUCUGGCUGAACUAGCCGAGGAGUACACCACGGCGGCGAGGAAGUGCAUCCUCUUCCUGAUCAGCUUCACGAUCUUCAUCUACAUCCUGCUGAUGCUCUUCGAGGACCUCCCGUGGAGCCUGAUAAUAUGUGGAUUCGUUGCCCAGGGCUUCCACCUCGGAAUCAUGGGAGGAUUCCCCUUUGUGCGGUUCCUCUCGCUUCCGUUGCUGGGAUCCCUGACCAUGCUGGUGGUCAAUCACUUCCUGGCCUUCCAGUAUUUCACCACCGUUUAUGUGCCUUUCACGCAGGUGCUGGCCUACUUCACUAUCUGCAUGUGGAUCGUGCCCUUCGCCCUGUUUGUCUCACUCAGCACGAAUGAUAGCGUCCUGCCCACCACCGUCAGCGACCAGAGCCGGCGCAGUCCGGACGUGGUCAGCAACUACUUCUCGCGGAACAAGAAGCAGGGCCUGCUAUCACUGUUCCAGUAUCUGAAAGACACCCUGUUCCCUGGGCGGACCAAGAAGGCCUUCUAGACGUAGUUUAUUUAAUGUUUAUUUAUUUUUGUAGCUGAAAUCAAGACAAAAGUAUACAAAAGCGUAUGUAAACUACGUUUAUGGAAUGACA